GUGUACGAUAUCGUUGAUAACAAUAGAAUAUUUUCUGUGUACGAUAUCGUUGAUAAUAAUAGAAUAUUUUCUGUGUACGAUAUCGUUGAUAAUAAUAGAAUAUUUUCUGUGUUCGAUAUCGUAGAUAAUAAUAGAAUAUUUUCUGUGUUCGAUAUCGUUGAUAAUAAUAGAAUAUUUUCUGUGUUCGAUAUCGUUGAUAAUAAUAGAAUAUUUUCUGUGUUCGAUAUCGUUGAUAAUAAUAGAAUAUUUUCUGUGUUCGAUAUCGUUGAUAAUAAUAGAAUAUUUUCUGUGUACGAUAUCGUUGAUAACAAUAGAAUAUUUUCUGUGUACGAUAUCGUUGAUAAUAAUAGAAUAUUUUCUGUGUACGAUAUCGUUGAUAAUAAUAGAAUAUUUUCUGUGUUCGAUAUCGUAGAUAAUAAUAGAAUAUUUUCUGUGUUCGAUAUCGUUGAUAAUAAUAGAAUAUUUUCUGUGUUCGAUAUCGUUGAUAACAAUAGAAUAUUUUCUGUGUACGAUAUCGUUGAUAACAAUAGAAUAUUUUCUGUGUAC